GAUGUGAAGUGUUAAAUUUGUUGGAGUUCGAGGUAAUCGCCAUAUUGUUUAUUCUAUUCUGGUGUUACGUGCUUGUUCUCGGUGUUGCUCCAAAGUUAAUCUAAUCCCUAGGAGAAAAAUGACAUUGAUGUGGAAUAACCCGGCCAUCCCAUUCACUGUUAGUUUAGCUGAGAAACAGUGUGUUCCUGGUCGUGAUUUUGUUUUGGUUGGUGACGCAUUCUACGGAGCUCAAAGAUUCUCCAUCAGUUUCGUUCAGACAGAUUCCGGGACGCGGCUUUUUCAAUUGGAUUUCCGUUUUGAUCAAAACGAGGCAGUCCUCAAUUCAAAUUUUCCAAUCGGAUGCUGGGGCGAAGAGGAACGCCACCCUUUACCUCUCUUGAUGGGAAGGAAAUUCAACAUUGAGGUCAAAUGCUCGACCGAUCGUUUCGUGAUCAUUGUCGAUUUCCAGUACCAUUGCGAAUUUGCAUUUCGUUUCGACAUGAACAUGGCCGAUACCUUGAUGAUUGAAGGCGAUGUAUUUAUUCAGAGUGUUCAAAUUAAUUAGUGCUGAUGGUGCUUUCGUUAUUGAACUAAAAUUCUCAAUACAAAUAGGUCAUAAAUAA